AUGGCUGGGGACGAGACUACCAAGUUUGGUGCUUAUCCGAAUACUGCUUGGGAAACUUGUCAGGCGACGGGUGAGCAGUGCCUACUCGACUUCAGCAACACUAGCGACCCACUGGCGUUUACGCCUCUGAGCACCUGCGCCCAAGGCAGCGUGCCGAACUAUUACAUUGGUGUGCAGAACCCAGAAGACGUGAGCGUAGCGCUCAACUUCUCACGGACCACGGGUAUACCACUGGUCGUGAAGAAUACAGGAAUCUCGUACAACUCCUCUUUCACACCGGAAGGGUGCAGUCAAGCAGGUAUAUCUGCUGUAACCUUUGGAGCCGGCGUCACGUUCCGCUCAUUGUACGCCUUUGCGGAUGCGCAAAACAUCACAAUUAUUGGGGGUACCGAUGAUUCCAUUGCUGCAGGCGGCGGCUACCUCAUGGGAGGCGGCCACAGCGCGUUUUCGAACUCCCUUGGACUUACUGUCGACCAUGCCCUCGAAUUCGAAGUUGUCACUCCGGAUGGCCAGCACCGCAUCGCAAAUUCCUGCGUCAAUUCCGACUUAUUCUUUGCCCUCCGAGGGGGCGGCGGCGGUACGCUUGGAGUGGUCUUGCAAAUUACGAUCAGAGCAUUUCCCGGUUUCUCGUUUUCUGUCCUCCAAACUGUAUUUAUGGGCGUCCCCUCGAUCGAAAUCCAAAGAGAAUUUGUCAAGUUUCUCAUAGACAACGCUCUGCCUUGGGCUUCAAAAGGGUGGGGUGGAUACAUUGAAGCUGGAUAUCUUCUCUUUCUGCAUUAUAAGACUCGACUUACGUUCCCAGCCUGGACUAGGUCUGACCUCAACGGAACCUUCGUUCUUCAAGAGGAAACAUCUUGGCUUUCCUUCUUCAACCAAUUCGUGGCUCCCACAGGUCUGCCCGACGGCCUUCCCAGCGCAGUUGGCUCUAGGCUCAUCCCUGCUACAGUCUUCGACUCGGAGAGCCAAAAGGCCGCGCUACUAGAUAUUGUGAUGUCAGCGGUUCCGAAACAUGCAACCGCUUUGCUGUUUCCCGUUGCACCUUACUUUUUCAAAGGCGAUGACCAGACGAUCCUAAAUCCUGCGUGGCGGUCCUCACUCUGGCAUAAUGAAGCGUACCUUUUUGAAUCAAAUUUCUCGAAUACGUCGGCGAUUAGUAUGACAUGGCUGCAAGCCAACAUUACGGUAGAGAUGUUUUGGGGUCCCAACUACCCGGAACUGCUCCGUAUCAAAGAGAAAUAUGACCCAUAUCACUUGAUGGACUGUUGGCGCUGUGUUGGCUGGAACGGCCCUUCUGCUGCUCGUUUUGGAAGCUAUCCAUAG